AUGACUGAAGCCGAGAUCGCCAUGGAGGAGAAGUUGAAGAAGAAGAAGGAAGAAGAUGAAGCCAUGUGGGCCGAAUAUAUCGAACAAUGGAGGAAACAGAGGGCAAAGGAAGAAGAGGAACUGGAAAAGCUCAAAGCACGACAGGCAAAAAGGAAAGUAACCAGAGCCGAGCAGGAGAAGAGAAUGAUUGCAAUGAAGAAGAAACAGGAAGAAGCGAGAUUAAAAGAAAUAGAAGAUAAAAAGCAGAAAGAGGCGGAGGCGAAGCGCCAGCGCCUUCUAGAGGCUGAGAAGAAGAGGCAAGCCAUGCUUGAAGAGCAGAAGAAGGCAAAGGAAGGCAAACCCAACUUCGUCAUCGCUAAGAAAGAAGGUGCUAUCCCCGCUGCUGUCCAGAACCCAGGUGGUUUCGACAAGUUGGGCACUGUGGAACAAGCCAGGUUGGAGAUGAGCAAGUCCAAGGAACAACUGGCCGAAGACAAAGAGAUCGCCCUCUCCUACCGCACCAAGGCCUUGAAGAUUGAAGGCCUCGGAGACGCAAAAUUGAAAGCUUGCGCCGAAGAGCUCUGGACCAAGAUUGUACAGUUGGAGUCCGACAAAUACGAUUUGGAAGAGAAGAUGAAGAGGCAAGACUACGAUUUGAGGGAACUGACUGAAAGGCAAAAACAAAUCAACAGACAGAAGGCUCUCAAAAAAGGCAUUGACCCAGCUGAAUGUGAAGGAAAAUACCCGCCAAAAAUUCAUGUUGCUAGCAAGUUUGAGAGACGUGUUGACAGGAGGACGUACGGUGACAAGAAAUCUCUGUUCGAUGGUGGAAUGGAUAAGGUGAUAAAAGAACAAUUGGAGAAAUCUUGGGAAUUGCGUAUGAACUCCUUCAAAGAGAUCGGUCACAAGAACUUGCCCAAGUGGGACCCAACUGCCCCCAAGGUCAAAGAGGUCAUCGAACAGAGGACAUACGAUGACGAUGAUGACCUCCUCGACAUUGCGCCACCUGGUUUAAUGGACGAGGAAGAGCCUGAACCAUCACCACCAAGGCAAGCAACUCCACCACCACCACAAGAAGAGGAAGAAGAAGAGGAAGAAGAGGAGGAAGAGGAUGAGGAAGAAGAAGAAGAAGAAUAAAAACAAAACUUAUCAUAA